UUCCAUCUUCAGCGGAGUGAGAGCUCGUGUAUUUUCAGGAUCUCUGCUUCCUCUUAUUCUCCUGCUGUUUGACGCUUUUCAGUCACUUCACUGUCACCAUGUUGAAGUUCAGACCAGCUGUUCUGCUGCUCAAACCUGCUGCUGCCGCUGCUCAGCCUCGUGUGCGUCUCUCUAGCUGCCCCCAGCAGGAACACACCACCUUCUAUGAGUUCCGCACCUACAGCAUCCGACCGGACCAGAACGCCGCCUUCCUCAAGCUGACCAAUGAGAAGAUCCACCUGCGCACGGCGCACUCCGAGCUGAUUGGCUACUGGAGCGUCGAGUAUGGCGGCCUGAACCAGGUCUUCCAUAUAUGGAAGUAUGACAGCUUCUCUCAGCGGGCAGCUGUUCGGGCAGCUCUGGCUCAGGACCCCUCCUGGAUUUCCGAGUACAUCUCCAAGGCGAUACCGAUGCUGACGUCUCAGGACAAUGAGGUCACAUACCUGGUUCCUUGGAGCCGCCUCCAGAAGCCUCCGCGUGAUGGCGGUGUGUACGAGCUGGCGUCCUUCCAGAUGCGUGCGGGUGGUCCGGUGGUUUGGGGCGACGCCUUCCAGGCCGCCAUCACCUCCCAUGAUGCACCGGGGUAUGGAAAGCUGGUGGGAGCUUUCCACAGCGAAUUUGGACCUCUGAACCGAGUUCACGCCCUCUGGUGGUUUGAGAGCGCCGACCAGCGAGCUGAAGUUCGACACAAAGCUCACACUGACGCCAGAGUGGUCGCUGCAGUCAGAAACAGCGUUGUCCAUCUGGACUCUCAGAGGAAUCGGCUCAUGUUUCCGUGCCCUUUCUCGCCCAUGAAGUAAUCUCCAGUCCUGCGUUUCCAGCUGACGUUAAGCUUGAGCCCUGCAGGCUUCUGUAGUUCUGUAUUUGCAGUCCCAUGAGACUGUGACGAUGCUGAGGAGCCUCGUGUGAAUUACCAACUGAAGUCAACUCAGGCAGUGUUUAAGUGACAGCAGCAGCAUCCAAUCCAGCGGUGUGAAUGUUGGGGUGGGCGGGGCUUCUCUGGUUUAAAGCUGAGCUCUGCUGAUAGAAAACAGAUUAGCUUCUUCUGCUAAAAAUAUCUCAAUAAUAAACUAAGACGGUGCGCUCGUGUUAAUUUAGAACUAUUUCUUUAAAUGCAUAUUUUUAUGUUGCUGAACAGAAACAAGCAGCUGAGUGUUUGAAUCUCAACUUUAUGAACGGCAAAAGGCCAUGAAAGGAUGUGAAAAGGUCAUUUUAGAUCCUGAUUCGGGCAGAGGCUCCUCUGCAGGUUUGUUCUGGCACUAACCUGUAUUUCUGUUGGGUCUGCAGGUGGUUCCUUAGUGCGAUCAGGAACACCUGCUGUAAUAAAAUAUUUCCUAACUCUUA